CGCUACUACCAGAACGUCUGCACCCAGAGUUACUCCUACGUGUGGUGGGACUGGCCUCGCUGGGAGAGAGAGAUCGACUGGAUGGCGCUCAACGGCAUCAACCUGGCGCUGGCGUUUACUGGGCAGGAGGCUGUGUGGCAGCGGGUGUAUCUGUCCUUGGGCCUGAACCAGUCUGAAAUAGAUGAGUACGUCACCGGGCCUGCCUUCCUCGCCUGGAACCGCAUGGGGAACCUGCACACCUGGGCGGGGCCCUUGCCCCUGUCCUGGAACCUAAAGCAGCUGUAUUUGCAGUACAGGAUCCUGGAGAGGAUGCGGUCGUUGGGAAUGAUCCCGGUGCUGCCGGCGUUUGCGGGGCACGUCCCCAGGGGCGUCUUGAGGGCUUUCCCUCGAAUAAACGUCACUCGACUUGGGAGCUGGAGCAACUUCGACUGCACCUACUCGUGUGCCUACCUCCUGGACCCCGGAGACCCCAUGUUCCAAGUGAUCGGGACCCUCUUCCUGAAGGAGCUGAUCAGAGAGUUCGGCACGGAUCACGUCUACAACGCGGACACCUUCAAUGAGAUGAGCCCCCUGUCCUCCGACCCUGCCUACCUCUCGGGGGUCAGCGCUGCCGUCUUCAGGUCCAUGACCGGAGCCGACCCCGACGCGCUCUGGCUCAUGCAGGGAUGGCUCUUCCAGAACCAGCCUGACUUCUGGCAGCCGGCCCAGGUGCGGGCCCUGCUGCGCGGCGUGCCCAGCGGCAGGAUGAUCGUGCUGGAUCUCUUUGCGGAGUCCAAGCCCGUGUACCAGCGGACAGAGUCCUUCUACGGGCAGCCCUUCAUCUGGUGCAUGCUGCACAACUUCGGCGGCAACCACGGCCUCUUCGGCACGGUGGAGAGCAUCAACCGGGGCCCCUUCGACGCCCGGCGCUUCCCCAACUCCAGCCUGGUGGGCACCGGCCUGGCCCCAGAGGGCAUCGAGCAGAACGACAUGGUCUAUGAGCUGAUGAGCGAGCUGGGCUGGCGCCAGGAGCCGCUUGACCUCCAGCAGUGGGUUGCCAACUACGCCCAGCGGCGCUACGGCGCCAGGAACGCGGAGGCCGCCGGCGCCUGGCAGCUGCUGCUCCGCAGUGUCUACAACUGCUCGGGGCUCUGCGUCAACCACAACCACAGCCCGCUGGUGCGCCGGCCGUCCCUGCGCAUGGCCACGGAGCUGUGGUACAACAAGAGCGACGUCUACGAGGCCUGGCGCCUGCUGCUGGACGCCGCUGCCGAGCUGGGGGCCAGCCCCACUUUCCGCUACGACCUGGUGGACGUGACCCGGCAGGCCGCGCAGCAGCUGGUGAGCGAGUACUACCUGGAGAUCAAGCAGGCCUUCCAGAGCCGCUCGCUGCCGGAGCUGCUGACUGCCGGCGGGGUGCUGCUGUACGACCUGCUCCCGGAGCUGGACGCCCUCCUGGCCAGUGACCCCCACUUCCUGCUGGGCCGCUGGCUGGAGCAGGCUCGGGCUGCAGCCACCAGUGACAAGGAAGCCGAGCUAUACGACCUGAAUGCCCGCAACCAGGUGACGCUGUGGGGACCCAGCGGCAACAUCUUGGACUACGCCAACAAGCAGCUUGGGGGGCUGGUGCUGGACUAUUACCGGGUGCGCUGGAGCCUCUUUGUCUCGGCGCUGGUGGAGAGCCUGAACACCGGCACCCCCUUCCACCAGGAGCAGUUCAACCAGGCCGUCUUCCAGCUGGAGAGGGGUUUCAUCUACAACGGCAAGCGCUACCCCUCCCAGCCGGCCGGCAACACGCUGGAGAUCGCCAGGAAGAUCUUCCUCAAGUAUUAUCCCCACGCCAUGCGGCGCGGCCGGGCGGGGGCUGCGUGAGGGCCGGCGGCUCUGGGACUUUCCGGGGAUGGGAGUGGCGUCUCUGCGGCUGGCCCGGUCUCUCCCGCGCCGGAGAUGUUGGUGCCCCCAGCUUCUGUCCCCCCUCCCCCCACAAGCCUCUGCCAGAGCCUGAACCAAGGCCCUGGACCCAAAGGGAAACCGAGCAGGAGCCUUGUGCUGCGUGUGAGCGACGCCGCCGCGUGGGCGGGAGCAGGUCCGGGCUGGACCUGCCAGUGCAGCGCAGCGAGCUGGGGAAUGAGCUCCCGGGGAAAGGGCUGGAGGGACUGAUCCUGCACUGGCCUCAGGGCACUGGGAUGCGCUGACCUGACCAGUGUCUCCGUCGGGCCAGCCUUGCGGCUUGGAGACUGAUCCCAGUGUCUGGGGGAGGCAGCCGGAUUGUGGGGCAGAGGGUGGACGCGGCCUGUUGCAGGGGCAGGCGGGACAGAGGGGUGAGAAUGCUGAUCCCUUCGGGGCAUGGGAUUCGCAGCCGGGGGCGGGGACAGACACUGGGAUACCAUGGUGCUGGCUGCAGACCUGAAAUGGGCAUAUGUGGGUCGUGCCCGCCUUGUAGGUGAUGCCCUCGCUGCUAUAGGCUGGAAAAAGCCAAGUGCAGUUUCCCCACCACUGGCAGCUCCAGGGCUUUGGGAGCUCCGAGGAGGGAAUCGCUUCGGAACAGGCUGAGGGGCAGGAAAUGCAGCGGGACCCUCCCAAGCUCUCGGCCCGGGGAGGGGAGUGUUAACACGCUGCUAUUCCGGGCGCUAAAGAACAAAAAUCAGGAGAUUGCAAAGCUCCAAUCCUGCUGCUUUGAUG